AAACGAAACUUACUGUAGCCCAUCCCACAUGUAUUGUGAACAAAACACCUGCGCGUAAAGGACCGCACGUGAAGGCGUUGGAACGGGUUGGGGGAAGGAGCCGCAGUACCUGGAUGUUGAGCUGUAUCGAGUUGGAAGUGCACGGAGGAAGCUGCCAUGGACUGAGGAGUAGGUCACAUUGUGAAUUAAUUUACGGAGUCCAACAUUCAUUAACUUUAAGCAGUCUGCUUCUGCUAUGAAACACUAUUUGAAGCCUAAUGCAGACCUAGGUGCAAAAUACUAUCUAAGGUUUUUCAAUGACUUCCACAUAGACUACAUUUCAAAGUAAGUUUUAGGAUAUAUUUUCUUAGAAAAUACAAGAUGUUGAAUAUUUGGAAAUGUAUUUGAAAAUACUCACUCAUACAUUGACAAGUGUAUUUUCAAAGACAUUUGUAUUUGAACCCAGGUCUGUUUGGUGCUAGGGGUAUUCGAAAUAUAUUUGGAAACAAGUAGCCUAUUUGAAAAUAGUUUCAACUAGUCAUUAUAGAAAAAAAUAUUUGAAAAUACUUUGAAAUACAAAAAAUAGAAUUAGUUGAUUCUGUUGAUUGCUGGGAUUUAAUUCUGAUUAAUGGUAAAUUCCAUAUUUGCUCAAAUUGAGCUGUUACAAUUUUCCAUGCAAAUAAAACAUUACAAGUAUAUUGACGUCUUGAUGUUGUCUAAAGUAACUACCAAAUUAGGUACAUUUAGAAAGCACAUUUUCUUUAACCUCAAUGUCAACUAGUUUUUACAUGAUGAAGGUCGUGUGGCCGAUACAUAAGCUUUUAAAUAUCGGUGAUACUAUCAAGAGCAGUGUGAGGUUUCCUUUUUCCUUCAUCUUGUUCAAUUCUUGCCAUGCACCUGCAAAUAAGGUUGCUCAGAUGUGCGAGUGCCUUUUGAAUUUUGUAUAACUAGUUUUUACAUGACAUUGUAGAUUUGUGCGGUAUAGAUCUAUUUAGAAUGUUUAGAAUAUUUCCAACUCUUUCAGACAAUGUGAUUAAUCACAAUAAUAAAAAAAAAAGUGCACUAAAUGACAAAAUGUUAACUUGAGAUAUCUGAUUAACAGCACUUAUUUCAACCCAGGUCUGAUCUGAUGUAAUAUUAUGACUAUUUCUGUGCAAUUCCAUUUCACCAGAGAGAGGGGGUCACUGAGGAAGAAUCUGGUCUCCUUCAAACCGGCCUGCCGGUCUCUAAACCGGGUCAGAGUUCUACUGAUGGGUCCUGCUGGGUCAGGAAAAUCCAGCUUCAUCAACUCUGUCAGAUCUGUGAUGUUCGGAAGAGUCCUUCUCCUGCCUUUUAUUGGGACUGCAACAAAGGGCUUCAUCAAAAAGCUGAAGUCGUAUGACAUCCGGUCAGAGAGAGGGGGGAAGCCCACAGCUCUGACCCUGUGUGAUGUGUUGGCUCUGGGGGACGGCGAGAGGACUGGCCUGACUCUCACAGACGCACUGGCUGUUAUCAAGGGAUAUGCCCCAGAGGGACAUGAUUUUCAAAGUGAUGUGCCCAUCAAAGGAGAGACUCCAGGUUACAGACCUGUUCCAUCGAUAAAUGACCAAAUCCAUUGUGCGGUGUUCGUUCUGAAUGCCUGCCAAAUCAUGUCCACCAAUGAUGACCUUACAGAGACACUGAGGACACUUCAAGCUGAGAUCGCAGAUCUGGACAUCCCCCAGGUGGUUCUGUUGACCCAUGUGGACCAGGUGUGUCAUGCCAUCCAAGAGGAUGUGAAGUUUGUCUACUCCAGCCGGAUCCUACAGGAGAAGAUGCAGAAGGCAGCAGAGGUGGUGGGUUUGCCAGUGUCCUAUGUGCUUCCAGUGAAGAACUACUCCAGUGAACUGUCUGUGAACUGCAACACUGACAUCCUGCUGCUGAGUGCAGUUCAUCACAUUCUCCAAGCUGUGGACGACACGUAUGAGGAAAACCACCCUCCCACCCCUACAGACGCAUCUGCAGAACCUCCAUCUGCAGAAUUUCACCACAAGCCCAGUAACCUUUUAAUAUUUGACAAGUAACCAUUGGUGAGUUAUCAUGUGCAGUUGUUUAUUGUGAUUGGAUAAUCUUUUCUUUGUUUUCUUUUGGGUGUAAUUUUUUUCUCCAGAUGUUGGAACCUACUUGUAUGUUUAUUAGGUUUAAAAAUGAAAAAUAAAUUCAAGUGAGACAAAAUAUGUUUUUGUACAAUAAACCAAUGAGAAGAUGACAA